AUGUUGUCUCAUUAUCAUGCACAACUUUUUAGUCAUGUUUCUCCUUUUUUCGAUGCAGAACAAAUUGUGCAUAUUCCGAUCAACAACAACAAGGAAGACCACAACUCAACCACACUAACAAACCAAACCGGAAGAUCAAACCGGACAAGCAUCAUCAUUUGCAUCAUUUUGGCCAUCACAGGUCAAUCCAUCGCCAGACUCCUUGAGACAUUCUACCACCACCACAACAUUUACUGGAGCCUCCAAGACGGCAUCUGGACUCAACAUUUGCUCCAUGUCAUCGGCUUCCCUCUCCUCAUUCUCCCUUUCUUCUCUUCCAAGAAACACAACCAACUUCUCAUUACUUCCAAUCCAUCUUCCCUCGCCCUACUUUACCUAUGUACCGGUGUAACCAUGGUGGUUCAUAUAAAACUAUACACUAAGGGUAAACUCGAGAUACCAUCUACAAAGUUCAUUCUCUAUGAAGGAACACAGCUCUACUUCACAACACUCUUCGCAGGCUUAGUCAACAGAAUCAGAUUCAAUACAUGGAUUGUCAUCUCGCUCAUCUUCACUCUCGCCAUCACCGUUCUAUCCUUUAACGUAGACGGUGAGUGUUCGGCUUUAUUAUCAGCCAUCACUUUCUCCUUUCUCCUCAGUAACAUACAUGUCAUAUUCCACAACUUCGUUACCAAUAGCAAGAACAAGAAACCAAGAUUCACAUACGUUCUUGAACUGCUUAUCUUCUCGUCUCUUUUCGCCACCGUUGCAUCCGUUUUCAUCCCCGACGAGAACAUUGACCUAACGAGAGAGAUGGAUGGUUUCUCUAAAGGGAAGAGUGUCUACAUUAUGACAAUAAUUGGUCAAGCUGUCUCGUGGCAGAUCUACUGGGUGGGGCUUGUAGGGCUUGUUUUGUUCGUGGACUCCAUCGUAACCUCGAACGUUGAGAGUGUGGGCCUUGUUGUGUCUGCUGACUCGAUCAUGACCGCUAACAUUGUUAGCCUCUCUACUUACCCGGUCGUGAUGGUUCUGAAGAUAAUGUUUUGCAAUUACGAAGACGAUGAGUUUGAUGGCUUUCUAGUAGCAUCUUUAGCGCUUUUCGCCAUUUCUGUCGGGUCUUGUUUUUACAAGCACGUAAGAGUCUUGAGAGAGAUUGGAAACUGGAAGCCUCCUAGACUUUUGUGGUUUUUAUUUGUUUGGGUUAUUUGUAUUGCUUACAUGUUUGUGUUGUCUGAUCAUUACAUCUAUUCCCCAACGGGAUUCGAGUCGUUGUGA